UCUUAAGGCAUAGUUAACCCGUAAUAAAUAUACUGAAUCGGCCUCAGUCAAUUACCAUAUAAAAUUCUGGGCAUAGCAUUUCAUAGAGGCCUUUGAGAGGAUGUAGCAAAUUUACAAGAAUGACACUAGAGGAGAGGAACCCAAGUUAUGUGGAGAUAAUCAAGAAGCUUGAAUUGCUCUCUUUAGAUCAGAGAUUGAAAAAGCUCAUUGAGCAAGAAAAAGCAUAUCAGGUGAAAAAAGAACUAGAAAAUGUCAAGAAAAUUGCAAAGUUAAAGGAAGAGCUUACCAAACUGAAAUCAUUUGCAUUGAUCCUUGUGGAUGAACAGCAACGACUUUCAGAGCAGCUCACCCAACAGAAUCAAAAAGUCCAGACGCUAUCCGUCAUUGCACAGGAAGCUCAGGAAAAGCUAACAGCCUCUGAAGAAAGGGCAACUGAAGAAGAACAUAAAGUAUUUGCUCUUGAGAUUGAACUUCAAACACAAACCAACAGAUUUUAUCAGGAACAGGAAACAACGAUGGCAAAAUUGACCAAUGAGGAAAGCCAGAAUCGACAGCUCCGACUAAAAUUGGCCACACUCAGCCGACAGAUAGACGAGUUGGAGGAGACUAAUAAAUCACUGAAGAAAGCGGAAGAAGAACUGCAAGAUUUACGGGAAAAAAUAAAUAGAGGCGAGUGUGGAAAUUCCAGCUUGAGGGCAGAGGUAGAAGUUCUACGAAAACGUGUUUUAGAAAUAGAAGGAAAAGAUGAGGAACUUUUAAAAAUGGAGGACCAGUGCCGGGAUCUCAACAGAAAAUUAGAAAAGGAAGAAAGCCAUAGUAGGAAUCUAAAAACAGAGGUAGAGAAACUAAAGAAAAGAAUAAUGGAAUUGGAAAAAUUGGAAGAUGCCUUCAGUAAAAGUAAACAAGAAUGCUAUGUGCUUAAAUGCAAUCUGGAAAAAGAGAAAAAUCUAACAAAGCAAUUAGCAAAUGAAUUAGAGACUUUAAAAGUAAGAGUUAGGGAACUUGAAGCAAUUGAAAACAAACUAGAGAAAACCGAAUUGGCCAUGAAAGAGGACCUAAGCAAGCUUAAAACAUUAACAGUAAUGCUGGUUGAUGAAAGAAAAAAUAUGGCAGAGAAGGUGAGGCAAACAGAGGACAAAUUUCAAAAUGCAAAUGCCCAGCUUCAGACAGAAGAAAAUAAAGUUACAGUUGUAACAGAAAAACUUAUUGAGGAAAGCAAAAAAGCACUGAAAUCCAAAGCAGAAUUGGAAGAGAAAACAUAUAAUUUGACUAAGGAAAGAGAUGAGCUUAAAAAGAAGCUGAAAGCUGAGGAACAGCGAGGAAAUGACCUUUCAUCCAAGUCCAACCUUAUGAAGAAGAGACUCCAAUCUCUUGAAGCAAUAGAAAAGGAGUACUUCAGAAACAAAGGAAAACAAGAGUAUGGCAAAUCACCUACAUGUUUACAAAAGGAUGACAAUAAAAUCAGAGAAUUAACUCAUGAGGUUGAAAGACUGAAAUGUAAAUUGAAAGAUGCACAGGUGGGAGAAGACGAUCUUAUGAAGACAGAAUAUGACUAUGACUCUCUGGAGCAUAGGUACAGCGAUGAGCAACAGCGGCUAAAAUUAAUGACAGGAGAACUUGAGACUGUGAAAAAGGAACUAGCUAGAUACAAGCUAGCAGAAAAGAAUGAAUCAACCCAAGAACAAAUCCUGUUUGACAGACUCAGUGAGGAACAGGCAAAAUCAAGCCAUCUAACAAGGGAAGUGGAAGCCCUCAAAGAAAAAAUUCAUGAGUAUAUGGCAACUGAAGAUUUAUUGUCUCAUUUUAAAGCAGAGCAGGCAUCAAUGCAAAAAAAGCUGACUCAACAAGAAAAUCGAAACAAAGAACUAGCAAGGGAAACUGAAAACCUUACCAAAGAAUUGGAAAGGUACAGAAGGUUUAGCAAGAGUCUUCGGCCUGGCAUGAAUGGCAGGAGAUUUGGAGAGUUCCAACUCUGUUCAAAGGAGAUCCAGACUGAUGCUAUAGACAAUGAACCACCUGAUUAUAAAAGCCUUAUCCCUUUAGCAAAAGCAGUAGUGAAUGGGAAAAUAUGCACAGAAAGUGAAGAAACUGAUUAUAGCACUCAAGAUGAUGACCAAUCAUUGCAAGUGAACUAUAAUUCAUUAACUGUGAAUAGAGUCAAUAAUAAUAAAAGGUCAUGGGCUCCAUCAAUGAAGAACAAUGAAACCUAUGCCCAAAAUGGAAAAACAGUAUCAAAGCUGAAUGGAAAUCUGGCCCAUCCAGGUGAAUUGGUGCUUACUCAGAAACAAGGACAACCUCUUCACAUAAAAGUUACACCAGAUCAUGGACAAAGUACAGCUACUCUUGAAAUCACUAGCCCCACUUUAGAAAAUUCUUUCUCAUACACCAGCACAGCAGUCAUCCCCAACUGUGGUGUUCCAAAGCAAAGAAUUACCAUCAUACAAAAUGCCUCCCUCACACCUGUUAAGUCAAAGGUAAUGGAUGGGUGCUCCACUCCAGAGCGUGCUUUGUCGCCCCUUAGCAGGACGACAUCGAGAUCAAAACCCAGAACUCCAGACUCAUGUGGUUCAUCGACUCCAGAACGAACGAUGUCGCCUAUUCAAAUAGUUGCGGUAUCUGCAAAUUCCAUGCACUCACCGGAUCGAACGUUGUCCCCUGAGCCAAUGGAAGCUGCCGCAGCUCACACCAUCUUCAGAGUUUCACCUGAAAGGAUACAAGGGCGUCAGAUACAGAAGUCAAAUACUAGCCCUAAUGUAAUUACCACUGAAGACAAUAAAAUCCAUAUUCACUUAGGUACUCCCCACAUUCAAACAGCCAUACCCGUUUCAAGACCAAUGAGUCCCUGCAGUUCAGUCCAAGAGAUCAGAACUCCAGCUAUAACUAACGGGACACCAAAUAAAUCAACCAAUAAAAUCACCAGCAGCAUUACUAUCACACCAACAGCCACUCCUGCCCCACGCCAUUCACAAAUUACAGUAAGUAAUGUCUAUGAUUAACCUCCCUUACCCAACCCACAUCCCGAUUAGAAUAACAAUCCUCUUAAUUUCAGUAUUAAAAGAUCCACUGACAUUUCCUGCAUCUUUUGUUUUAAUUUUAAAUUGGUUUGUGCAUGUUAUGUAUAAACCCUACACCUACUUAAUAUCCUUCUGGAACUGUGUGUACAUAUUUUAAACUGUAACUCCACAACAUUAAAGACUUGCAUAAGAGGUCAAUUGCCAUUUAAUCUGCACCUGUAUAAAAUAAGAAAAUUGUAUUUGCUUCAAAUGUUAAAAGACAAAAAAAGAUUCAGAUAUAUGUUGUAAUAGAGAAAACCAGCUCAAAUAGCAGUAAACAAUAGAAUGAAUUUGCUUGUUGAGUUUCUUUUUUCCAACCAUUGCACAUUUUUAAAUAUAUUUUAAUCGCUGGAAAAUGUGAAAUAUGCUGUUCGGAAAUGGUCUUUGUGCAAGAACUCUGCUUAAGCCAUUUCAAAUUUAGCUGAAUUGGGAACGACAACAGAUUAUUUGACUUCAAGGACCACAUUCAAAUACAGUCAGCCCUGAUUACUCUUAGACCAGUAAUUUCUAUUGCACAAGAAAAUUCAACUUGCCCAUUUGAAAUUCCUCUGUGCUACUUUGAGAGUGCCACUCAGGGAGAGGAAUUUUAAACAAAUAGAUGCCUUGAGCAUUCAUACAUUUCUCACUAUAAAAUCACGGAUCCAGGCAGCAGUGUUGACAUUUGAAGACAGGUAAGCACUAUCACUCAGGUAUGCAUAAAAACAAUGAGCAUGAUACUGAAAGAAAACAGUAUGGUACAUA